CGCGAGCCAGCAGCAGAGUUCUUGGGCACCAUGAUCCUCGUUCUUUUUGGCGUCGGAACACUCUGUCAAGUCGGCCUGUCUUCGAGCACUAACGUGUCGUCUACGCCAAAAGGAGACUUUUUAUCCAUCACGUUUGGCAUGGCUAUUGGCGUCGCAACCGGUGUUUGGGUCUCUGGCGGCAUCUCUGGAGGACACAUCAACCCGGCCGUAACCGUCGCAAUGGCUGCUCUUCGCGGCUUUCCGUGGAAGAAGGUACCCGUUUAUUGCUUUGCUCAGCUCAUGGGAGCUUUGUGCGGUGGCGGAAUAGUCUAUGCAAAUUACUACCAUGCAAUCAACGCUUUCGAAGGUGGAUCGGGUAUUCGAACGGUUAGCAAGACUGCUGGCCUCUUUGCUACAUACGCAUCCGGUUAUGAAUCUAACAUCGGAUGUUUCUUCUCCGAGCUCUUACCUUCUGCACUCCUUAUGAUAGGCAUCCUCGCCUUCACUGACAAGCGGAACAGUCCUCCGCCACCUGGUCUCAUGGCCUUGGCGUUGUUUUUAGUCAUGGUCGGGAUUGGUAUCGCCAUGGGCAUGAACACGGGCUAUGCAAUCAACCCCGCCCGAGACCUUGGGCCUCGCAUCAUGACCGCUAUGGUCGGUUACGGAAAAGGAGUAUUCACGUUCAGGAACCAGUACUGGCUUUGGUGCCCGGUGCUAGGGCCUAUUGCGGGAUGCUUGGCUGGCGGUAUCCUCUAUGAUACGCUAAUAUUCACUGGACCAGAAAGUAUCAUCAAUGCUCCGGAUGCUAUUACGAAGGACAAGCAUAUGAACACAUGCCAAGUGGCGUGCAACAAAGUACCUGAUGUCUCUCGUAUGGCAUAGAUCAAAAACAC